AUGGCGCACUUCAUCACCGCGCCCACCAUCCGGUUUGAGCACGCGGCCCUCAGCGCGCCGAUUGAGCUCGAGCACCUUCCGGAUGCUGGGCCGGAGGUCAUGGACGCAGACGGCACCUUUGCCCGCCUUUGGCCGACGGCGCUGGUGCUCUCCAACUGGCUGUGCGAGCACCCGGAGGUGGUCGCCGGAAAGCGCGUCGUGGAACUGGGAUCCGGGACGGGUGUCGUCGGGCUCGUCUGCGCCGCGCUCGGGGCAGCCUCGGUGACGCUCACCGACAUGCCCGACGCUCUCGAGCUGAUCCGAAGGAAUGCGGCGCUCAGCCGGCAAAAGGGCGCGGUGACGGUGGCCCCGUGCACGUGGGGCGACGCGGACCACCUCGCCGACCUGCUGCGCGGCGGCGGCGGCUUCGACAUCGUCCUCUGCUGCGAGGUUGUCUACCAGCAGUCUGCCGACGUCCUCACCGCUCUGGCAGCCACGCAGAGAGCGCUGGCGCUGCCCGGGGCCAAGGUGCUGCUGGCGUACGAGUUUCGGUGUGCGAUCGUGGAGGACCUAGCCUACUUUGACGCCGCCACCGAGCUCUUCGGAGACUCCACCUCGCACGCCCUCACCGGCAGCGCAACCGCCUUCAUGCACAAUCACAUCGACGACGGCGGCGACGACCGCUGGCUCUACGUUUACGCUGUGCCGGCGGCAGCGGCGAUGUGA